ACUCAAUGUGUGUCAAAAGUAGAGCUCUCCAUCUCGUGCAGCAAUCUCCUCAACGAAGACGCCGGAUCCAAGUCUGACCCACUCUGCGUGCUGCUGCAGAGCAUCGGGAAUGACAAGUGGACCAAGGUAGGGAGAAAGAAAGCAAACUAAUUGAAACAUCUAAUAAUUGGCAAUGAAUAUAAUUAAAUGGCCUAUGGUUUGUUCAUGAAGAUGCUUUCUGGUUCACUAUACAGUUGGACCGCACGGAGAGGGUGAAGAACUGCCAGGAUCCUGAGUUCUCCUAGAAGCUGCUCCUGGCCUACCACUUUGAGAAAGUGCGGAAGUUGAAGCGGGGUGUCUAUGACAUAGACAACAAGUCUGUCGAUCUGAACGAUGAUGACUUCCUGGGGGGUUUUGAGUGCACACUGGGACAGGUUAGGAUAUAAGAAUGUGUGGACCAAUUAGUCUCGCAUCAUUGUGUACAUGCAUUGAUACAAUGGGGGUGUGCCUCCAAUGAACAACCAUUUGCCUUUCAGAUUGUGUCCAGCAAGAAGCUUACCAGACCUCUACAACUGAAGAAGGGGAAGCCUGCAGGCAAAGGCACCAUUACUGUAAGUAAUGUAAGUGGCUGUGUAAAUGUAAAAUGGUCCCACUUAUGUAAAUGUUGUGAUAACAAGCAUAAGGCUAAUGCAAACAGUUUCUUGAGAUGAUCACAUGAAUUCCCUAAUUUGUGUGUGUGUGUUAAAGAUUACUGCUGAGGAGAUCAAAGAUAACAGGGCCAUAGUGCUGGAGGUGGAGGCUAAAGGCCUGGAUAAGAAGGUACAAUAAAGAGACUUCUCAGUGCUUUGUUUUUUCUAAUGGAAUGUGUUUUACAUUAUUAAGGAGUAACAAACCGUUUUCUAAAUUCUUUCCAACACAUUAUUAAUUCCCCAGUGCUCAUAAUUGUGUGUCUCUCUUGCAGGACUUGUUUGGGAAAUCUGAUCCAUUCCUAGAGUUCUUUAAGCAAGAAGAUGGUGGCAGCUGGUUCACAGAACAGAGGUACUUAUCACAAUAUUUGUUUGUCUUAAGAACCCGAUGUCGACCGUUGACUGGGUGUGUCGAAAGGAAUAAGGGUGUAGAAAGAAUGCAGGCGUAUCGAAUGCGCACAUGUAAUUGGUCUGACUUUCUGUCAGUUCUUGCCAGCGAGUGCAGAGAUUUGUGGAGACCAGGCUGUAGAGAGAAAGGCGCAUCGAAAUAAAGUUGGGGAAACUCAGAAUUAACGUGUGGUAAAAUCACUCAUACUGUGGAAAAACGCGAAUGUAAAUUAGGGCUGACCCCAAUUAGUCGAUUGUUUGGUCGUUAGGCUGUUGGUCGUCCGAGAUUCUUUUAGUCGAGCAGUUACAUAUAUUUGCACCAAUUUCAGUGAACUAAUCCAUUGCGGAGGCCUAGACUAAAAGACAAUUUAUGCUUGAUUAGAAAAUGUGGACGCAAUUACGGAGCCUCCAGAGGCAUGCAGAGGCCAAAUCGAGCUCUGUACUGCAUCACCAUGCGCCUCCAAAAUGUUGUUGACAUGAUUGGUUGACGGUAGAUGGGGGCGGUACAUCCUGUAUAAACACAAACUCACUUCCUUGACAAAAGCUCUGCACUGCUCCGCGAAGCACAAGAAGUAUGAAUGCCCUGACUUCUGCUGAGGCCAUUCUUCUGCUGAGGCCAAUGCAGAUGUCGGAUUGACCAUGCGCCCAGAUGCACAAUGCACUUCUCUCUCCAGAAUGCGCGUUCUCCUGCCAAUUUGUGCACAUUCAUUGUUUCAUAACUUAAUUGUGUGAAUCUUUUGCAUUUGAUUGUUAGUGUAUAUCAAUUCCCCAUUACCUAUAUCACCAGUAGUACAUUUACCGUUAAUGUAUAUCAUUUCUAAUCUGCAAUCUUUGUUACUUUGGUUAUGGUCAUUUCAUUUAAUGCAUUUAAUAUUAUUAUUACAGUCUUCCUGUUCUCAUUGUUGGAGUGGACACUUGUGAGAAACAAGUUUUAGUUUAUUUCAUUCCAUUUACAAUUUCUGUCAUUGUCUUUUGUUUGGAGCGCUCCUGUCAAUGUUGAGUAAGGACGCGCACACAUAGAAGUAAGCCUAUAGGCUACCUGGCCUGCGCGCAAAUGUAGGCAUAUUAAUGUGCCCAUUUGGGGAUCUGAUAGUAUUUCUGAUUGGCUUAACGCACCACCACCACAUAAUAAUAAUAAUAAUAAUAAUAAUAUGCCAUUUAGCAGACGCUUUUAUUCAAAGCGACUUACAGUCAUGUGUGCAUACAUUUAUACGUAUGGGUGGUCCCAGGGAUCGAACCCACUACCCUGGCAUUACAAGCGCCAUGCUCUACCAAUUGAGCUACAGAGGACCUGUGGAGCUUCUCAAAGUAAUGUUUUCUUCACCUCAAACAGCAAGCAAACAAAGUCUGUUUUUACAUCCAUUGAGAAUUACAAUAGUUCCUCAAUGUAUUUGAAAAAUCAUAAAAUAGGCUUCUUAUCGGUGCAUGACUUGGACUGAAAUAGGUUCUGGUACUCAUUUUGGGUGCUGGUACUGUUUAUAUUUAGGUGCAGGAGCUCCACAAUACUUUUGAGCUAAUAUUUUAUGAGAGGAACAGGAGCUCAAGCAGUAGAACAUUUGACGUGCCGCUACUCAGCUCCGGUGAGCUCCUGCCCAUGUCAAGCACUGCUUCUUAUCCCUUGCGCAAAUAGCCUGUCCCGAGCUCACUGGCGUGGGAAACUCUGAGGGACCAGAAUAUUUAAUACAAUGUUGCAAGUUCGCUAGUGCAAGCUUCAGGCCUGACCCAAGUUAAUAGUUGAUACAAAGUUUCAAGUUCAUAGGGGCGGCAGGUAGUUUAGUGGUUAAGAGCGUUGUGCCAGUAACCGAAAGGUCGCUGGUUCUAAUCCCAGAGCCGACUAGGUGAAAAAUCUGUCGAUGUGCCCUUGAGCAAGGCACUUAACCCUAAUUGCUCAUGUAAGUCGCUCUGGAUUACAUAGUUGGCAAUAUAAGUUACUUUUUAGGUUUAUCAUUUUAUUUUAGAUUUUGAUAUAAUUAUGAUUAUCCACAUGACAAUGAUUUUGAGAGAUGAAGAUGUUAUUAUAUAUUAAAUGAAACUGUUUCACAAAAAUGUGCAUAUGAAAUCCGUAACUGGCACACAGAUCGGUUGAAAUGUCCCAGCUAUGGAGGCACAAAUAACCUUACAACAUGUUAGCAAUACAAUUAGACAGACUAAGCAAAAAACACAUGCUCCAGCCCAUUGGGCAAUCUGAGAUCCCCGACUCCCAAACACAGAUUUCAAUGAAGUUGCAAGCGUCCACUCUGGCUGUGGGGAAUUGUUCUUAGCCACAGCAGCAAUGUAUUCGGCAAGAUCGGGAGCAUUAGAGUGCCGAUCUGGGACAAAAGUGCAACAUUCAUCUCCAAUUAUUGCACAAGCUUCCGAUUCAUCUCGAAUCGGAAGCCCCCAGGGAAGAAGGCGCCGGAACCUCUGGAUCCAGGGCGGCGAAGCUGUUUCUAUUCUGUGUCUGGUCCGGUCUUACUAUCACCAAGGAGGCCCCCCAUUGCCAGAGGUCGCUGCUUUCGACUUCCACGGCGAGUGACAUAUCUCCAUGGCUGGAUGGUAGGAUCGAUGUGCUUAGCUCUAUUGUUUCUUUUUAUCCAAAAAAAACUGCCUAGUUCUUGCCGAUGACAAGCAUACCCAUAACAUGAUGCAGGCACCACCAUGCUUGACAAUAUGAGGUGGUACUCAGUGAUGUGUUAGAUUUGCCACAAACAUAACGGUUUGUAUUCACGACAUAAAAUUCAUUUAAUUGCCACAUUUUUUGCGGUUUAGUGCCUUAUUUUAAACAGGAUGCAAUAUUUAUAUUCUCUACAGGCAUCCUUUUCACUAUGUCAUUUAAGUUAGUAUAGUGGAGUAAUUGCAAUGUUGUAGAUCCAUCCUCAGUUUUCUCCUAUCAUAGCCAUUACACUCUGUAACUAUUUUAAAGUCACCAAUGGCCUCAUGGUGAAAUUCCUGAGCGGUUUCCUUCCUCUCCGGCAACUGAGCUAGGAAGGACGCCUGUAUCUUUGUAGUGACUGGGUGUAUUGAUACACCAAUUACAAAGUGCAAUUAAUAACACCAUGUUCAAAGGGAUAUUCAAUGUCUGCUUUUCUUUUUAUCCAUCUACAAAUGGGUGCCCAGCGUUGGAAAACCCCUCUCGACUUUGUGGUUAAAUCUGUGUUUGAAAUUCUCUGCUCGACUGAGGGACCUUACAGAUAAUUGUAUGUGUGGGGUACAGAAAUGAGGUAGUCAUAAAACAUCAUGUUAAGCACUAUUAUUGCACACAGUGAGUCCAUGCCACUUAUUAAGAACAUUUUUACUCCUGAACUUAUUUAGGCUUGCCAUAACAAAGGGGUUGAAUAAUGUUUGACUCAAGACAUUUCAGCUUUUUUUUUUUCAGCUUUUUUAAUUAAUUUGUAAACAUUUCUAAAACUAUAUUUCCACUUUGACAUUAUGGGGUAUUGUGUGUAGCCAGUGACACAAAAUCUCAAUUUAAGCAAUUUAAAAUUCAGGCUGUAACACAACAAAAUGUGGGAAAAGUAACGAGUCACCGGCGGUCAUGAGUCAUGAUGGCAGUUAAAUUCCACGUGACCGUUUAGUCAUGGCAAUUAGGCUUUUCCAAGCUCUGAUGCUGCUGAUGGUCAUUAGUAGCCUACCAAACUUGCUAACUGCCUGGUACUCUGAGCUCUUGUCCCUCUAAUCACUCUGACAUCAAUGCAAAUGUAAUCGAAAAUCUAAUCAAACACUUAAUGAAAGCCCAUGAGCUCAUGUUGCGCAUCAUUUCUAUAGGCUAUGCAAUUGCGUGAGAAAACAGAGUGAUGGCUCCCGAGGGGCGCAGUGCUAGCUGUGCCACUAGAGAUCCUGUUUCGAAUCCAGACUCUGUCGUAGCCGGCCGCGACCGGGAGACCCAUGGGGCGGCGCACAAUUAGCCAGCGUCGUCCAGGGUAGGGGAGGGAAUGGCCGGCAGGGAUGUAGCUCAGUUGGUAGAGCAUGGCGUUUGCAAUGCCAUGGAAGGUGAACCUUCGCCCCAGUCUGAGGUCCUGAGCGCUCUGGAGCAGGUUUUCAUCAAGGAUCUUUUUGCUUUGUACUUUGCUCCAUUCAUCUUUCCCUCGAUCCUGACUAGUUUCCCAGUCCCUGCCGCUGAAAAACAUCCCCACAGCAUGAUGCUGCCACCACCAUGCUUCACCGUAUGGAUGGUGCCAGGUUUCCUCCAGACGUGACGCUUGGCAUUCAGGCCAAAGAAUUCAAUCUUGGUUUCAUCAGACCAGAGAAUCUUGUUUCUCAUUGUCUGAGAGUCCUUUAGGUGCCUUUUGGCAAACUCCAAGCGGGCUGUCAUGUGCCUUUUACUGAGGAGUGAUUUCCGUCUGGCCACUCUACCAUAAAGGCCUGAUUGGUGGAGUGCUGCAGAGAUGGUUGUCCUUCUGGAAGGUCCUCCCAUCUCCACAAAGGAACUCAGGAGCUCUGUCAGGUGACCAUCGAGUUCUUUGUCACCUCCCUGACUAAGGCCCUUCUCCCCCGAUUGCUCAGUUUGGCCGGGUGGCCAGCUCUAGGAAGAGUCUGUGGUUCCAAACUUCUUCCAUUUAAGAAUGAUGGAGGCCACUGUGUUCUUGGGGACCUUCAAUGCUGCAGAAAUGUUUUGAUACCCUUCCCCAGAUCUGUGCUUCGACACAAUUCCUUCAACCUCAUGGCUUGGUUUUUGCUCUGACAGGCACUGUCAACCGUGGGACCUUAUAUAGACAGGAAAGAGCCUUUCCAAAUCAUGUCCAAUCAAUUGAAUUUACCACAGGUGUACUCGAAGUUGUGGAAACAUCUCAAGGAUGAUCAAUGGAAACAGGAUGCACCUGAGCUAAAUUUCGAGUCUCAUAGCAAAGGGUCUGAAUACUUAUGUAAAAAGGUAUUUAAAUUUUUUUUUAAAAAAUAAUAUAAAUUUGCAAAAAUGUCUAAACCUGUUUUUGCUUUGUCAUUAUGGGGUAUUGUGUGUAGAUUGAUGAGAAAAAAAACUAUUUAAUCAAUUUUAGAAUAAGUCUUUAAUGUAACAAAAUAUGGAAAGAGUCAAGGGGUCUGAAUACUUUCUGAAUGCGCUGUAUAGCCCAACAUUUGUAUCACAACUAAAGUUACAUUAAUAACUCUAAAUUAAGCAUAUAGGAGUACCUGUUUCUUUGUUAACCACUCAACACAGAAUAGCCGCACGUGCGCAUUCCCUCAAAUUGUUUGGAGAAAAUAUCCUUUCUAUUUUAUUCAGCUUUGUUCAAUUGUAUUCUUCACACUAUAAAAUAAUAUCAAAUAAUGCCACGGAAUUCUAAGCAAAUCUUGUCUUCUAAAUGAACUAGUGUAGCCCACAGCCAUAUGGCAUAGCCAGAUCAGUUCCUAACAUAAGAACAACUCAGAGUAUGCUAUUCUGUUCUUCUGAAAUAGACUACAUUUUCUUCAUGUCAUGUUUCUUUAGACCUGUCUAAAAUAAAUAAUGGAUUUAUUGUGAUGGUGUAGUCUAUACUACAGUCGUGGUCAAAAGUUCUGAGAAUGACACAAGUAUUGGUCUUCAAAGUUUGCUGCUUCAGUGUUUUUAGAUAUUUUUGUCAGAUGUUACUAUGGUAUACUGAAGUAUAAUUACAAGCAUUCCAUAAGUGUCAAAGGCUUGUAUUGACAAUUACAUUAACUUUAUGCAAAGAGUCGAUAUUUGCAGUGUUUACCCUUCUUUUUCAAGACCUCUGCAAUCCGUCCUGGCAUGUUGUCAAUUAACUUCUGGGCCACAUCCUGACUGAUGGCAGCCCAUUCUUGCAUAAUCAAUGCUUGGAGUUUGUCAGAAUUUGUGGGUUUUUGUUUGUCCACCCGCCUCUUGAGGAUUGACCACAAGUUCUCAAUGGGAUUAAGGUAUUUUUUCUUUGUACUUUUGCCCCUUUUUCUCCCCAAUUUUGUGAUAUCCAAUUGGUAGUUAGUCUUGUCCCAUCGCUCCAACUCCCGUACGGACGACCCGGGAGAGGCAAAGGUCGAGAGCCAUGCGUCCUCCGAAACAAGACCCUGCCAAGAUGCACUGCUUCUUGACACACUGCUCACUUAACCCAGAAGCCAGCCGCACCAAUGUGUCGGAGCAAACACCGUACAACUGGCGAUCGAAGUCAGCUUGCAGGCGCCCGGCCCGCCACAAGGAGUCGCUAGAGCGUGAUGGGACAAGGAUAUCCCGGCCGGCCAAGCCUUCCCUAACCCGGACGACGCUGGGCCAAUUGUGCGCCGCCUCUUGGGUCUCCCGGUCACGGCCGGCUGUGACACAGCCUGGGAUCGAACCCGGGGCUGUAGUGACGCCUCAUGCACUGCGAUGCAGUGCCUUAGACCGCUGCACCACUCGGGAGGCCCCAAUAAUAGUGUUUAACAUGAUUUUAAUGACUACCUCAUCUCUGUACCCCACACAAUUAUCUGGAAUGUCCCUCAGUUGAGCAGUGAAUUUCAAACAGAUUAAACCUCAAAGACCAGGGAGGUUUUCCAAUGCCUCGCAAAGAAGGGCACCUAUUGGUAGAUGGGUAAAAAUGAAAAAAGCUGACAUUUGAGCAUGGUGAAGUUAUUAAUUACACUUUGGAUGGUGUAUCAAAACACCCAGUCACUACAAAGAUACAGGAGUUCUUCCUAACUCAGUUGCCGGAGAGGAAGGAAACUGCUCAGGGAUUUCACCACGAGGCCAAUGGCGACUUUAAAACAGUUACAGAGUUUAAUGGCUGUGAUAGGAGAACGGAGGAUGGACCAACAACAUUGUAGUUACUCCACAAUACUAACCUAAUUGACAGAGUGAAAAGAAUGCCUGUACAGAAUACAAAUAUUCCAAAACAUGCAUCCUGUUUGCAAUAAGGCACUAAAAUAAUACUGCAAAAAUGUGCCUUGGCAGCAGCUAAUGGGGAUCCAUAAUAAAUACAAAUACGAAUGUGUAUGCUUGUAGUCUUUAAGGACUGUGGAGUUUUUCAGGAUAAAGCGGAAUGGAGCUAAGCACAGGCAAAAUCCUAGAGGAAAACCUGGUUCAGUCUGCUUUCCACCAGACACUGGGAAAUGAAUUCAUCUUUCAGCAGGACAAUAACCUAAAACACAAGGCAAAAUCUACGCUGGAGUUACUUACCAAAACAGUGAAUGUAGGGCUGGGCGAUAUAUCGAAUUAUAAUUUGUUUUCGAUAUUCCAAAUGCCUGUAUUGCAGAAUCUAGUUUCUUUUUGUUUUUUUUGUUUUUAUGAGUUUACUGUAUGUCCGCUUGUUCUCAUGUUGUCUUUUUGGUCUCGUCUCGUUCGCUCCUUCUGUGCUGUGUACCCUCCCAUUUACACCAGAGAUCUGUAUAUAAUGACGAGAAGCUCAUGUCUCCGCCCUAACAAUGGGAGUCAUUGUCCCAAAGGUGGGAAGGCAGGCGACAAGCUUAGGUUCAAAAUAAGCGCAUAGAAAUGCAUUGGGCUUAUUUUGGACAGAUUUUGUCGAAAGUGAAACCUCUCGCUUCGCCUCUUUGUCCCAAGCCCUCUCCCUACCACUCACAACAACAAAGAUGAGAGAUCACUUCUUCCUCUCUGACAUAUGCAUUUGAGGUUUGGUCCAACAGAAUCUGUCAUAUGGACACCGAAACACAUGGAGACAUUAUUUUACUGUAAUAGAGGAGACGUUAACCUUUCGAACCAUACCCUGUUUAUGUUUCAACUCCUCAAAUUUCGAGCAGAGCAGACACUACUAAAACGGAUGUACCAAUGAACAUUCAUUCUGGAAAAUGAAUGCUCAAGUUUGUCGCGCGUGCAUUACGGUACCACAUAUUGCUAGCAGCAUUUUACUCAAAUAAAGAUUGUUAUACUAGCUAAGUGAAUGUUCCUGAGUGGCCGAGUUACAGUUUUGACUUAAAUCUACUUGUGAAUACUUUCUGAAGGCACUGUAUGUAGAAUAGGGUUGACCCCAUUUAGUCGACUGGUCGAUUGUUUGGUCGAUAGGCUGUCGGUCGACCGAGAUUUCUUUAGUCCAGCAGUCACCAUUUUUUUCAUGGUGCACAAGACACCUGUCUGAUUCGAGCCUGUCUCGGUGGACUUAUCCAUCCACGGGGAUGGCACAGUCCAUCACUCUACGACAUGUGAUACUGAAAUUGUAAAUGGUUAUUAUGUAAAAAUAAUGGCGCAACACUAAUAAAUCUAAUAUUAUUUUACAACAAAUGCGCUUACUCCCGCGAUGGAUACGAUCGCUGUCUGCGGUUCUGAAACAAUCUUCAGCGCGCCGUGGCAUUGGUGCCUUUCCCUAUGUUGCGAUGUGAAUAAUAGCAAAGUUAACCAGCAUAUUGGGAUUGAAAACAAUGCGGCGGAGGCAGCAGAGACGAGAUGGUUUGGGAUGAGUUGGACCACAGAGUGAAGGAAAAGCAGCCAAGAAGUGCUCAGCAUAUGUGGGAACUCCUUCAAGACUGUUGGAAAAGCAUUCCAGGUGAAGCUGGUUGAGAGAAUGCCAAGAGUGUGCAAAGCUGUCAUCAAGGCAAAGGGUGGCUACUUUGAAGAAUCUCAAAUAUAAGAUAUUUUGAUUUGUUUAACACUUGAUUCCAUAUGUGUUAUUUCAUCACGAUUAUUCUACAAUGUAGAAAUAGUAAAAAUAAAGAAAAACCCUUGAAUGAGUAGGAGUGUCCAAACUUUUGACUGGUAGUGUUUAUGGAAAAAUAAGUUUAAACAUUUCGACUAAUCAAUUGGUCGAAAGAACAGGACGACUCUCGGUCGACUAUGAUUUUUGUUGUUGGGGACAGCCCUAAUGUACAAACAUGAUACAAAUCAGACAUUUGCAGUAGAUGGGCUGCUCAACCGUUAUGAAAAUGGUCUCAGAAUGAACACGCAGUGGAAAGCAGAAGGAUUUGCUUUGUCUACCUCAUUGUGUUCAUUGCAAACUGAAUGAAAUCUAACAAACUGUUCUGUCCUCUUCAUUUCCCUCAGCAAUACUUUGUCCUGCUCAUCAUCACCAAUGGGGAGAUCACGGACGCCAUCGUCAAGGCCUCACGGCUGCCCAUGUCCAUCAUCAUCAUCGGAGUGGGCAAAGCCAACUUCAAGGCAAUGGAGCUGCUAGAUGGAGACGACGGCAUACUCAAGUCCCUGAGUGGCGAGCCCGUGGCCAGGGACAUUGUGCAGUUUGUGCCCCUCAGACAGUUCGCCAAUGUAUGUUUGUUAGUCUGCGGUUGUGUCAUUGUGCAGUGUGUUGUCAGUACCACUGAGAAGAUUCACGAUGGAACAUCACUUUACAUCAGUUUAGUCUGUAAUAGUAUCAGUGGGCAGUGAAGCACCAUUCCAUAACACUUCGGUGCGAUAUUGACAGAUUUUACAUACUUUUCUAUCUUGAGUUUGUUUUGUUGCCCUGCUGUUGGAGCUCUUCCCUUCACGGUGUCAUUCUGUCCUCUGAAGGCCCCUAAGGAAGCCCUCGCCCAGAGCGUCUUGGCUGAAGUGCCAAGUCAACUUGUGUCCUACUUCAAGAUGCUGAAACUAGAUCCAGUCAACGUUCCUGCCCUCAAGGCU